AUGCAGCUCCACGCUACUCUCGCUGUCGGUCUCUCCCUCCUCGGGUUCACCCUUGCCGGUUCGUUCAAGUAUCCAAUUGAAUGGAAGGCAUCCGACUUCACUAUCACCUGCGGCUCAGAAGACUGCAACUACAAUUUCAACAUCGUGAGCAAUGCCACCGGGCCUUCAAAGUUCAAAACCUCCUGCUCUGGUGUUCCUGCCGAGGAGGACUAUAGCCCGUGCCAAGACGAAAGCACCGAGGCCAAACUGCAGGUUGUGCCUGGGACGCGCCCGAUGUGGAGCGUGCACGUACAACACACUUGGAUGGAAGGAGAAGCGAGGUAUACCGCACACGGUGACGCCAAUGUCACCGACAGCGCGAAGAGCUUCACGGUUCCCGUCACGCGGGUUUCUGGGGUGAUUUAA